GGAAGUCUCGCUGACCGCAACAGGGCUCGUCUGGUCUCCUGAAAAUACCGAGGAAAUUUGGGACGCAGCUUAUCGUCCAUUCACGCCGCUUCUGCGAGGAGGAACAGCUGCAGGUCAGCAGGUCGUAAAAGAAAGCCUAUACACGAAACGCCCAGCGUAUCUGCGCCGCCGGUGGGCGACACGUCAGCGUCGGGGGUCCCGAAAGAGCAGAUCAGUAAAAGUUUUCUCGCUGUCUCUCGGACGCUCUGUGGGAUAUUCGUCUCCGACGGCUCGGGAGAAACCAGGGAAGAAAAUGACGCCCUUGCUCGCCUACUGGAACAUCCGCUCCCUGGGACAGCCCGCGCGCAACUUGCUCGUCUACAAGGGCGUGCAGUUCGAGGACAAGCGCUACCAGCACGGACCGCCGCCUGAGUACAGCCGCGACGAGUGGCUGCGGGAGAAGUUCACCCUUGGCUUUCCCUUCCCCAACAUUCCGUACUACGUUGACGACGACGUCAAGAUCACCCAGAGCGUCGCCAUACUGCGCUACCUGGGGAGGAAGCACGACCUGGCCGGCCGAAAUGACCAAGAGACCACGGAACUGGACGUGCUCGAGCAGCAGGCACGGGACAUGUUCCUCGCGAUCCCGUACCAGGCGGCAAACGUGCCUGGCGGCAAAGGAGGCCUCAAGUGGUACGCCGAAAACAUGGGCUACGUGCUCGAACCGUGGGCAUUGCACCUGAGCAACAGGAAGUGGGCUCUCGGAGACAGGCUGACGUACGUCGACUUCAUGCUCUACGAAGGGUUCGACUGGCACCGAGAGUUCAAGCCGCAGGUUGUGCAGCAAUACCCGCAGAUCGCGGAGUACUUGCAGAGGUUCGAGGAGCUUCCCAACAUCAAAGAGUACUUCGCCUCGGACAAGUACAACAAGUGGCCCAUUCUGGGGCCAAUGCGGCCGUGGGGCAACAGGAAGUGAAAUGUAUAUAUACUGUGGAUGUAGGGGUGCGGGUCACUGGCGACGGCGCUUUGACCUUUAUGCUACCGUCUUCUGUCUACCUCUUCUGUCUCAAUGUCACCCACUUUCGUGGCGUUGGACGAAGAAAAAAAUCAACGCAGCGAAAAAUAAUAAUUGAAAAUUUUAAAUUCUAUAUUAGUGCCGGGAUAAUUAUUCGAUCAGCUUGCUGUUCAAUAAAGAUUUUUGUGAGAAA